CUCCGAUCCGCCGCCGGAUCCGAAUUCUCACCGCAUCUCUCUCACCUGUGAAGUUUGCCCUAAACCGCCGAAGCUUAGAUGUUAUCACGUCUCUGCGAUCUGCACUUACAUGCCCUAGGCAGCACGUGCUGAAACUUUUGAAGGCAUGGACUCAUUGGACAACAAUACAAAAGUCAAAGUUCAUUCUCCACAAUCAAGUCUUGGAAGCACGUUUGUAUCUGGGGUCAAGUCAGUACCCGCUUCUUUUGAGUUUUCGGCCACAUCGGAAAAAGGAAUCAACCUGGUUGUUGAUUUGAACUCGUCCAUAUCAGAUUGGUUUAAGAGAUGGGAAGAUGAGGCAAACAUUUUUAAAAGUUUGCAGAAACAAAAUUUUCGAAGUUUUUGUCAAGAGAUUCAGAACCUGGGAAAUAAACAACUCUCGAGUGAAGAUGUAAUAACAUUUGAGGCAGAAGAGGGAAUGAGUCAGAAUGACAAGCCCAUGGUGCUUCAUGACGUCACUUUGGUGAAUGAUGCCACAGUGGUAAAGUUUUCAGAAUUUUCAAUUUCUUCAGAAGCCCAUGCAUCCUCCUGUUAGUAUGUACAUGAUUGUACCACAGGGAUUCUUCAGGAGGGGGAAAUGACAUCAUAUAUUGCUGCUCAAAUGUAAAUGGCAUACAUCUGAAAGGGAGAGACUAUACCGAUGCAUUGUUCAAGGGGCUAGAGUUCGCAUCUAAUGGAAAACAAAGGAGAAAGAGAAGUAUUGAUGAAUCUGACAAGGAUUAUAGCUGUAACAGUAGAAGAGAUUUAAGAAGUGCUAACCGGCUUCAAAAUUUUCCUAGAAGAUCCACACGGCUUUCCUCUAAGAAAUAAGAAGUGGGAGAAGCAAAAGAGAACACUUAAGAGUGACUUAAGGAGGAGUAUUAAUUUGUUGGCACUUGACAGUGAUGCAUGACUGAUGUUUAAAAGGCCUCACACAUUGAUGCUGCAGCAAAUACACCCACAUAUGUAUAGGUUUGUUUCCAUUCUUCACUUCAUUUAUAAAAACAAAAAUAUCAAGUCAGG